AUGGCUACUUCAACACCCAAGCCAAUUCACAGCCUCGUGCUGGACGCCGGACCAAUAAUCAAAAACGAGCCCUCCGUCUCCACCCUCCUCGCACAAGCCGAACAACUCUACACCAUCCCCGCAGUCAUCGAAGAAAUUCGAGAUCCCGUCACCAGAUCGCGCGUCGAGACAACUUUAAAGCCAUUCAUAAUAUGUCGCUCGCCGAAACCCGCGAGUAUCAAGAUUAUCACCGAUUUUGCCCGAAGGACGGGAGAUUUGGAGGUCCUGAGUCGCCCAGAUAUACAUUUGAUGGCGUUAAGUUAUGAGCUGGAGUGUGAGAGGAAUAAUGGCGAUUGGAGACUGCGCAGUGUGCCGGGACAGAAACGUUUAAAUGGUGCUCCUCCUUCUGCGGCGGAGGGGACGAAGGAAGAGAUUGCGAAGGUCGCAGAUGGGGUUGUUGAGGAUUCUAAUGCAGAGGUUAAGACGGAACCUGAAUUAGCGACAGAGGAGUCGAAUGCGAAAGCAGAAUCUGUAGAGGUAUUGGAAGAGCAGCUCGCUGCCACCAGUAUUGUUUCUGCAGAUGCUCCCAUAUCUACCCAGGAAGUCGAAGAACCAAAAGCAGCUAGCGAUACAAUUCCCAGCGAAGAUGCUUCCGCCACCCUUCAAGAGCGCGAAGCCACACCCGAAUUAAUUGAAGAAGCACAAGGUUCCGCCUCAGAAGAUACCGACGACGAAGGCUGGAUCACGCCGCAAAACCUCAAGGAACACCAAGCGCGCGACGCAAACGGAAUGGCAGAACCAGAGGAAGAAGUAAUGAUAAUGCAAGUCGCAACCAUAACCUCCGACUUCGCCAUGCAGAAUGUCAUGCUACGAAUGAACUUGAACCUUCUCGCACCCUCUCUCCAGCGAAUCCGUCAGCUCAAGACAUGGGUUCUUCGAUGUCACGCAUGUUUCCACAUCUCCCGAGAUAUGACGAAGCAAUUCUGCGCACGUUGUGGAAAACCAACACUUAUCCGAACAUCGUGUUCCACAGACAAAGAUGGCAAUUUCCAAGUCCAUCUCAAGAAAAAUAUGCAGUGGAAUACUCGCGGGAAUGUAUAUAGUAUCCCCAAGCCAGUUGCCGGAACCUCAAAUGGGAAACUUGUAGCUGGUGGUGGAAAAGGUGGGUGGGGUCAGGGACUGAUACUUGCGGAAGAUCAGAAGGAGUAUGUUCAAGCUACCACUAACGCAAGACGGGGGAAGGAAAAAGAUCUCAUGGACGAGGACUACCUUCCAAAUAUCCUAUCGGGAGAUAGAGGACGUGGAGGUGGUAAAACAAAAGUUGGGGCUGGCAAAAAUGUGAACUCAAGGAAGAGAAAUAAGUAG